GCGCGGCCUUUCCCUUUCCCCGCCCGCCUUUCCCCCGACCUGCUCCCCGUUCCUGCUCCCGGUUCCUCCGCUCCCUUCUCCCACCGCCUGGCCAUGCUGACCUCCUGCGGCCCGGCCCUGAGCACCGCUCUGCGGCGGGCGGCGGGACCCGCCGGCCUCGCCUCCUUCCACUGCUCCGCCCGGCACCGCCGCUCCGCCCGCGUCGCUGUGGUCCUGUCUGGUUGUGGCGUCUACGAUGGCACAGAAAUCCAUGAGGCAUCAGCUGUGCUGGUGCACCUUAGCCGUGGGGGAGCUGAGGUUCACAUGUAUGCUCCAGAUGUUCCUCAGAUGCAUGUUAUCGACCACAGUAAAGGGCAACCAGCUGAAGCUGAGUCAAGGAAUGUUUUAGUGGAGUCUGCAAGAAUAGCUCGUGGUAAAAUUGCAAGCCUGGCUAAGCUGACCACAGCAGACCAUGAUGCUGUGAUAUUCCCUGGUGGAUUUGGAGCUGCCAAAAACUUAUCUACCUUUGCUGUUGAUGGGAAAGAUUGCAAGGUGAACAGAGAAGUUGAGCGAGUCUUGAAGGACUUCCACAAAGCGGGCAAACCGAUUGGCCUGUGCUGCAUUUCCCCAGUGUUGGCAGCAAAGGUUCUCUCUGGUGCUGAAGUAACUGUGGGCCACGAAGAAGAGGAAGGUGGCAAGUGGCCUUAUGCUGGGACUGCAGGAGCCAUCAAAGAGCUGGGAGCAAAGCACUGUGUGAAAGACGUAACCGAAGCUCACGUGGAUACAAAAAACAAGGUGGUGACUACCCCAGCAUUUAUGUGUGAAACAGAAUUACACAAAAUCUUCGAUGGCAUUGGGGCAAUGGUGAAGAAUGUGCUACAACUAACUGGCAAAUAAAAAGAAAACUAACACCAGAAAUGUUUAAAUUUAGGGCGUAGUAUCAAAUAUAUCAUGGACCAAUGGGAACGUUUUCACCUGCUUGACCUGUUCACACUCUAGUGAAUGCUGAUACCAAGCUGACUGAUUCCCAGCUGCAGGAAUUUCCAUGCCUUUCUGAGGGAGGGGCCUUACAGAGGACAAGGAGCCUGGCCUGAGACACAGAGCAUUUUUUUUUGAGCUUUUCCAGCUGGAGAGAGCCGUGUGGAUAUGUUCUGGAACAAGUCCUCUCGAUGCACCAGUGUCAAGCCAGUUCUAACAGGCAAAAGAGACCUGGAGGCCCUUUCAGAAGCUGAGGGCAGAUGAUUUGUAGGGAUUUGGCACGUGUAGUGGCAGCACAUGUGGUGAUUGAAGAAUGGGAAUAGAGAGGAAUGAGUGCAUGGUUCAAGGUUUAUAUGCCCAGGCCUGUGUCUGUGAACUACAAGCCAGGAUCAGCUGUUGAGGGCAUAGACAUCUUCCACAUCUUAAUUUAGCUUGGUAUUAAUUAAAAGAUUAUAUUUUGUUUUUUCCAAUUCAAAGAAUCCUGUUUUCACAAAGCUGUUCUGAAUAUCAAUCAGCAGCAGGACACACCCUACCUGCCACAAGAGUAGCACUUUGAAAAAUUCAUCCAUUGGCCCAUUAUAGUUUUAAAAGGUCUCGAAAUGAAGGAGAAAAUAUCCGCUGAUGUGACGCACAACUUCCAAGGACAGCAUCUGUGUUAAAGCAGUUGUAUGACUAGCAGUGGAUGGAAAAAGCAGCCUCAGAUUAUCCUAACUUCCCCUGCUUUAGGGCAAUAAAGCUUUCUCCAAAGAAGUGUUAUUGAAUGUCUGGAAUAAUGAUGUAUAAAUAAAUUAAUUUCUUCCUUUA